AAAAAAAAUAACAAAAUAAAAUAAAAAACAGGUAGUAGCUCCUUAGAAAAACACCAUUAUUAUGAAUGUUUACAAAUUUCCAGUUUCUGCAGGGACUAAACCGCAAAACAACCAGUAACCGACCGCGUCGGACAAGCGCUUUAAAAGCUGCUUCCUUUUUACCUCCCCAACCCCAUCACUCCCCCCCACUCGCCGCCGCAAUGUCGGCCGCGGCGGCGGACACCGUCUCCGGCGACGACCACCACCUCGCCACCGGGGGCGACAGCGCGUGCUCCACCCCGUUCGUCAGCGCGCCGUCCAGCCCCGCCGCCCGCGACGCCCCCUUCCCCGGCGGCUUCUUCAGCGCGCCGGCGAGCCCCGCCCACCACCACCACCACCACGGCGGCGAGGGCGGCGGCGACGGGGAGGAGUAUGAGUUCGAGUUCGAUUUCUCGUCGAGGUUCCCGUCUCCUGCUCCCGCGGCGAUGUCCUCCGCCGACGAGCUCUUCCACAACGGCCAGAUCCGCCCAAUGCGGCUCCUGCCGCUCGUCGGCGGCGGCGAGACGCCGCGGGAGGAGCUGGAGGUUGGGGCGGGGGACGAGCGCGGCGGCCGCCUCCGGUGCCGGUCCGUGCGCCGCCGGAGCCGAUCCCACUCCCCGUUCCGCACAUGGCUGUCACCACCGCCGCCGCCGCCGCCGCCGCCGUCUGCUGCUCCGGUGGCGAACGCGGCGGCCCCAUCGGCGUCGCGGUCGUCGUCGUCCUCCUCGACGGCGUCGUCCGCCUCCGCCUCCUCCUCCUCCUCCUCCUCGUCGAGAAGCUCCCGCAGAUGGAGAUUCUUGAAGGAUCUCCUCCACCGGAGCGGCUCGGACGGGGGCAAGGACCAGCGGCCGCCUCCGCCCAUCGCGCCGCCGCGGUCGCCGGCGCCCGCCGCGGCGAGGGGCGGCAGGAGGAGGUCGGCGCACGAGCGGAUGUACGCGGCGAGGCGAGCCGAGGUGGAGGAGAUGCGGCGGCGCACGUUCCUGCCGUACCAGCAGGGGCUUCUCUUCGGCUGCCUCGGCCUCACCUCCCGCCUCUCCGGCGCCGCCGCCGCCGCCGCCGCCGCCGCCGGCAAGUCCAGGUCAUGACGCCCUGACCGCCGCCGCUGCCACCGCCAUGGAUUUCUUGCUCUUGCUGCUGUUUCUUGGAAUUCUACUGUUCAUGGCUUUGGCUUAUUUAAGUGUUUAUUAGUAAUGAGUAAUUAGAAGUAGUAAGUAUGUAUGGUAGUUGCAAGAAGCCAAGAAGGCAUGGAAUGAUAAAAUGUUUGACUUUCGUUUUUGUAUAGAAAAAAGGGGAUUAAUGGGCUGUUUGAUCUCUCUUUUGUAGUAAUUUAUGGUGAUGCAAGUGUUGAAUGCCAAAGAAAUGGUUUAUUAUUAUUGUUUUUUUUAUUCUGCUUGGUGUUCUUGGGAUUACUGUUUGUGUUGGUGAGUUGGUGACACUACCAAAUAUUAUAGUGGAAAGAAUCCAAGAACUGAAA